GUCAUUAUUAUCCACUCUGCUCCCAGCUCAGAAUGGCCAGAUUCACUCAGACUGAAACAAGAAGGCAGCACCAUCCACAACAGUCCCAGCCCGCUCACUCCAGCCUGGUUUUCACCGGACCGGGGGCACCACCGACCCAACAACCACUACUACUUAUCCCACAUCAGCACCAGUACCCUCAGAUCACAUUUCCGAAACCCAUGAACGGGUCAGAACCCAUUUCAAUUCAUCCGGAGAGCGGCAACAUGAAAGACCAAGAUGCCAUUAAGCUGUUUAUCGGGCAGAUACCGCGGAACUUGGAAGAAAAAGACCUGAAACCCCUGUUUGAACAGUUUGGGAAAAUCCACGAACUGACAGUUCUCAAGGACCGAUACACCGGCAUGCACAAAGGUUGUGCAUUUCUCACCUACUGCGCCCGUGAGUCAGCCAUCAAGGCCCAGAACGCCCUCCAUGAACAAAAAACACUGCCAGGGAUGACUCGCCCCAUCCAGGUGAAACCGGCCGACAGCGAGAGCCGUGGAGAAGACAGGAAGUUGUUUGUUGGGAUGCUGAACAAACAGCAGACUGAGGAAGAUGUUUACCGCCUCUUCGAACCAUACGGAGUCAUCGAGGAGUGCACAGUCCUAAGAGGUCCUGAUGGAAACAGCAAAGGAUGCGCCUUUGUGAAGUUUUCCACACACACUGAGGCUCAGUCUGCAAUCGGUGCCCUGCACGGCAGCCAGACCAUGCCAGGUGCUUCCUCAAGCUUGGUGGUCAAGUUUGCCGACACAGACAAGGAGCGCACCAUCAGACGUAUGCAGCAGAUGGUAGGGCAGUUUGGCAUCUUCAAUCCAGCCAUCGCCCUUCCUUUCAGCACCUACAGCUCUUACGCACAUGCGCUCAUGCAGCAGCAAGCAGCCAUCAUGGCAGCAAGCCACGGAGGUUACCUCACGCCUAGCGUGGCUUUUCCCACCACACAGAUCCACCAGAUGGGGGCGCUCAACAUCAACAGCCUCCCACCCACCCCCAUGACCCCGGUGUCGAGUGAGUUUCAUCAAACCCUGGCAGGCCUCAGUUCUCCACCAGCCAACAUCACCACCUCUGCCGUGCCCAGCAUCGUCACACCCAUCGUCAACGGAUUCACCGGCAUUCCUCAUCAGCCUAACGGACACCCUGCCGUGGAGACCGUGUACACCAAUGGCCUGCCGCCCUAUUCGACCCAGAGCCCCACUGCUGCGGAUACCCUCCAGCAAGCCUUCACUGGUGUACAGCAAUACACAGCAAUCUACCCAGCCACCACGCUGACUCCUAUUGGUCAAACACUGCCCCAGCCUCCCCAGGUCAUCCAGCAGCAGCAGCAGAGAGAAGGUGAGGGUCCAGAGGGUUGUAACCUGUUCAUCUACCACCUGCCACAGGAGUUUGGAGACAAUGAACUCAUGCAGAUGUUUUUGCCCUUUGGUACCGUCAUCUCUUCUAAGGUCUUCAUGGACCGGGCAACCAACCAGAGCAAGUGCUUUGGUUUCGUGAGCUUUGACAACCCUGCUAGUGCACAGGCAGCUAUUCAGGCCAUGAACGGCUUUCAAAUUGGGAUGAAGAGGUUGAAAGUCCAGCUAAAGAGACCGAAGGAUGCCAGCCGCCCUUACUGACACAGCCUACCUUCAGUAUUCAUUGCAGCAGCACAGGUUUUAGAGGACACAUGAAGAUAUCUCGGAGGAGUUCAACUUUUUCUUUUCUUUGAAAGCAAAAUAUGUUUUAAAAAAUCAACUCGUAAGGAAUCUUUGGAGACAUAUCAGCAUUUACACAUGAAGACAUUAGGGCAGUAGAAGGAGAUGCGAAAGAUGAGGAGGCGCUUCACCGGGGGACAUAACAGCAACAGAUGGCACAGUGCGAGAACCACUAAAAGAAUUAAAAAAAAAAAAAAAAACUGGAAAGAGACAAGACUGAACAACAGAACUUUUUCUUGUUGAGACUUGAAUUGUUAACUAAGCAACAAACUAACAAACAAAAAAGCAGCAACAACAAAUAGAUUUCUAUAUACAUAUUAUAUACACAUAUAUAUAUAAAUAUAUAAGGAAAGAGGCGCUUGUGGCUUUUACUGGACAAAUGAGGGUUAAAACUUGAAGAUCAAAAAAAAAAAAAGCAGUGGAGAAAAGAAGCAAUUCUAUGUCCACUGACAGACUUUAUUUCUCUUUCCCUCUUUCUCUUAUUCUCUCACCGUCUCUCAGCAAGCGCAGAACUAUGACUCUUGGAGGUCACUGAGGUUUCCAUUAGCAACAGUAGAACUGCAAUUCUUUCACCCCUAAGGGACCAAAGGACCAAACAUUUUUAUUGUUAUGAACAGUAAUAUAUAGUAUUAAUGAUACUAAUACUACAAACUACUACUAAUAAUAUUACAAGUUAAACUUAAGAAGAAAUACUAGCUUCAGGUUGAAAAAAAGAGCAAGGAUUUUUUUUUUUUUUUUUUUUUUUUUUUUUUUUUUUUUCCUUUUACAUUUAUAGAUACUGGGUUUGAGACUAUUAACAUAAAAUAGAAAAUAUAUAAAAAAAAAUGUAAAAAAUGAUAAAGCUGUACUAUUUUAGGGGCGUAGAAAUGUGGGUUAGAUAUCGGUACGGGCAUGUUCAGAUAUGUAUCUUUAGUCACUUCAUCUGCAUCCCAGCAUUUCAUCUCGGAAGUGUGAUCUGUCUGAGUAAUUUUGUCGCCGGGAGAAGAAAAGAGUCCCGCUGUGCCAAAACAGACACAAUAACAGAAGUAAAAAAAUCAAAAGAACAACAGCUUAUUUUGCUAACCAAUACUGCCCUCUGUUCUUGUCAGCAUGCUGCAGGAAGCUAUCGUCAUCGAGAGUGAUUCCAUAUCAUCAUUAAAGCCUUGAUAGUACAGAUAAUCUGACCAUAAAGCACUGUGGUAAAAGUGCCACCCGGCUGAGCUGGAUAUGGCAGUAAAACAGCACAGCAUCUGUAGCUGCUUAAUAACAUAUACAAAUGAGCCUGACAGCAGUUGUAAAAAUUUCUGUGGGUGUGUCACAGUGGUCCCUGCCGGGUCGCGCCCUCUCCCACUGCCAAGCUCCUCCAGCUGCUCUCAGCAGGCGAGAGCAGAACUCUCUCUCCCCCGUGCCUCCCGCCCUCCCCUUCCUUUUUCACCUCCAAGUGCCAGCAUAUCUCUAUCUCUCUUAACAGGGACCAUCAGAUCACCAUCAGGAGCCCCAAAGCUAACCCACAGCAUAAUUAAGAUAAUGAUAAUAUUGAUCAGAUGGUGAGCAGUGCCGCAGGGCAAGAGAUGCACAAUCAAUUACACAUUGGCAUUUUGAAUGAAUUGACUGAGUGACAGAGUUCAUCUUUCUCUCGCUGGGUGGACGCAAGUCUUUUUCUCUCCUAUUAUCAUCCAUUAUAGUUUCAGAUGGGAGCCAUAAUCUAAAAAUCCUCUUUUAAGGCACUUAAAUUUCUGAAGUUUACGUUGCUGCAUCAAAGUCUGUAUAUAAUGUUUAGAGUAGAUCGUACAAGUUCUUCAGUGAAGAGCAGCUGUAUAUAUAUAUCUAUCUUUUUUUCUGAAGGGUAUAAUAGCGCAGUAAGAGCUUGUACACACUGAGAGGCAGCCUGGCAUUACCAGCCUUAGGAGGUCAAAUUAAGAGCUGUAUGAUCCAUCAAUUAGACAGCAGCAGGGCUGUAAGUGUAGCUGCUACAGCUGCUGCUGCUUCAAAUGGGCGACAGCUUACCAUUAUUGUCGGUAACACAUGGUUCCUAUACAGUGUGGUCAUGACACAUCAUAGGAAAUGAUCAUAAGAUAUGAUUAAUUAACUUCUGUCAUCCAUGGUGAUGGUUUAUGCACUGAGACACACAGUCAGUACAUCCGAGAUGAAAUCUCAUGACUUGCUUUGGUCACACUUAGUUGUUUUUAUUCAUCUUUUUUUUUUUUUUAAUGCCAUUCAUUGACUCAGUUUGCUCUUGGAAGCAUCUUGCCCCUCAGGACUCUCAGACUUCAGUGCUCUCAUAAACUUUAAACACAUCAGUGCUUCAGACAUAGCAUCACAAUGCCUGUCCCAUCCACUGAAAACAGUUCGUAGACUGCCUUUGUGAUCUGGUACCACAAAUGUUUCCUCCAGAAUGACUCCCCAGUCUCUGAUGACUGUACACCUGCAUUUGAUGUUACUUUGGCUCAGCUGCUCUUUUGUGUGUGUGUGUGUGUGUAAUUACUGGUUCACUUGAUUGGUAUUAUUAGAAAGGAGGGUGCAGGAUUUUUAAGUAGUCUGUGCGCCUCAGUGUUAUCCUCAUUCACUGUACAUUGCUCUGUUGCAAGCAGUAUGUAGAUGCUGUAAGAAGACAUUUUUAGAUA